CGGCACUCUCUCUUUCUAUGCCUUCUGGGUUCCGCCGCGGUCUCCUCCCCCACUCCCUAACCUCUUCCUACCUGCACUCUUCUUAUUUCGCAUUAAACAAGCAAAGGCGAAAUCUUUUGCCCAGCUAAUUCAUACCGUCUACUUCUCCAGUUCCUCACCAAUUUUGGGUUUUCUAUUCUCUCUUAUUUCUUUGUGGGUUGGUCUCCAUUGUCGUCAGCCGGAGACACACCCAAGCUCUAUCUAUUUUACCGCUUCCAUUGUGGAGUAAUGGCCUCCGGAGGAUUCUCCGGCUCAGUUAUUGACCCGGAGCAAUGCAGUCAGCUGAGCUUCGAAGAGAAAAGAGAUUUAGCUUGCAAGAUUGCUCAAUGGCCGAAUAAUGCAUGGGAGACUCUUAGUUCAUUCACACGCAGGGAGCUUCUUCAGAUUAUCUGUGCAGAGAUGGGUAAAGAGAGGAAAUAUUCAGGGUACACUAAAUCUCAGCUGAUCAAACAACUUCUGAAGGUAGUCUCACAGAAUUGCAAGGGAAACGACGAUGAUGCAGAUAAAGUGAAAGCAUCAUGUGCUUCCGUCGGAGCUCAAAAUGGGGUUAAGAGGAAAAGACUGAAUGAAUUUAAAGUGCAAUCUUCAACUGAAGAAAACCCUCCUGAUUCUCUGGUACGCAAAAAGGAACAAGUUGAGGUCCAAGUUUGUCAGAAUGCUGCAUGUCGGGCCAGUUUAUCUUCCAAUGAUGCGUUCUGCAGGAGAUGUUCUUGCUGUAUCUGUCAUUAUUACGACGAAAAUAAGGAUCCCAGUCUGUGGCUAACCUGUGGUUCUGACUCCUGUACCGAGAAUUCCUGUGGGUUUACUUGCCAUCUCGUAUGUGCCCUGAAGGAUAAAAGGUCUGGAAUCGUCAAUAAUACUGGUUCGGGUAAAAAGCUGGAUGGGAGUUUCUACUGCGUUUCUUGUGGGAAAGUCAAUGGACUAAUGAGAAUCUGGAGAAAGCAACUAUUGAUUGCCAAAGAAGCUAGAAGAGUGGAUGUAUUGUGUCUGCGAGUCCUCCUGGCCCAUAAGCUUCUCUCCGGAACUGAACAAUACAAUGAGAUCCACAAAAUGAUGGAAACUGCAUUGCAGUUGCUGAAGAAUGAGCUGGGCCCUCUAGAUCUCGUGUGCACGAAGAUGGCACGGGGUAUUGUCAAUAGGCUUUCUUGUGGCUCUGAGGUUCAGAAGCUGUGUGCAUCUGCAAUCGAAUCCUUCGAUUUAAAAUCUUCUGGUGAUUGUCCAGGCUAUGAGCAGAAGAAAGAGGCACCACCAUCUCGUGGAACUCGUCUGGAAGAAUGCUCACCACGUCCAGCCAUAGAAGCUGUUGCAUUGACCAACCAUGGGUCAUUUUCGCCAUCCACCCCCUGCAAGUCCAGCGAGACACAAGAUGUCUCCGGUUUUGGAUGCAAACGAAGAGCAGAGGAAAGCGAGUACGAGUACUCUGUACGAGCAGUGAAAUGGCUGGAGCAGGAAGGGCAGAUAGAGGAAGGUUUCAGAGUGAAGUUCCUGACUUGGUUUAGCCUGAAAGCAACUGCUCAAGAGAGGAGGGUGGUCAAUGCUUUCGUGGACGCAUUGGUUGACCACCCACCAAGCCUGGCUGAGCAGCUCAAGCACGCAUUCAUGGAUGAGAUUUGUUGUGACCAGAAACCUGUAGCUGAAUGUGGAUCGUGCGCUAGGCUUCGGCGUUGACUUUGACAGCAGGAUAUUGACC